UGGUCAUUGUCUCAUGAAAAAGUGUUUUAUUACCAUACCCAAAUGGUGGGGGAUAUAGACAAAGCUCUUGUCCAAGAUACCAAAAAGUAGUGAUUCCACACAAGAGAGGCAUCCCCAUCCACAUCCACCACAAAACCUCUCUCUUUCCAUGGAUCUCACAAGCCCCAGAUGCUUUCAACCUCCAUCUUUUAUCUCAUCCAGUGGGGAACCGCCAUUGGAGAGCAACCCAAGCUUCUAUGGAAAAACCACAAAGGACCCAUUUGCAGACACAUUUGCAGACCCUCUCUGCAAGCUGAACCUCAGGGAAACCUCUGAGUUUGUCAAGUCACUCCCAGUCCCAAGCAAUGCCACAUCAGCACAGAGGAGGGAGGGAGGAGUGAGCUCUAUGACACAGAGGAGAGCAGCAGAAGCUCCUCCCAGUCCUGGAAGGCCAGUUUUCAGCUUCUCAGUUGGCAACUUUUCCAGAAAGAGCUUUCCUUCAAAGUGGGAUGAUGCUGAAAAGUGGCUCAUAAGCACUUCCUGCCAUGACUCUCCUGCUCACACCACCAAGCCGCAAUCAGAUUCCACAAAGAUUUUUAAUCCAAAACAAUGUGUGGUUUUUUCUGAAAGAUCAAGGGUCACAGAGGAAAAGGUCUCAAAGGUGGUCUCAAGCUUUCAAAGAUGUGUUUCUUUGAACAAUUAUCAAUCUACCAGAGCUUUCAAUGGGGUCUCAACAUCAGCUGAUGUGCUUCUAAAAGAUAAGUUUGUCGAUGACAUAGAACCAAUUUUACCCAAUUCCAGGUGCUUAGAGCCAACUAAAGAAGGCUUUCUAUUCAAAAACUCAGCCUGUGAUGCCAUGAAAGAUGCAGGCAGCGGCACAGAAGAGGCUCAUGAUGUACACCAUCGAGAUGUCGGCACAGAGAUGACUCCUCUUGGAAGCUCAACAACUUCAAGGUGCCCCACGCCGUUCAAGUGCUCAUCUCCCGCGCGCCACAACACGCCUGCGAACAGGUCAGGGCCAUUGUCACUGGGGCACUCUAGCAGCACCAACAACACCAUUGACAUUGCCCAGCUGCAGGAGUGCCUCGGGACACAGUACGAUUCAGUUACAUCGAACUGGAGCUCAAGGGAAGAGGAGGAAGUGGAAAUAUCGAAGAGCUUGAGACAUUUCGAAACAAGCAAUGCGUGCGGAGAGAGAAUUUCUGAAAUUAGAGGUGCUGCGUGGGAAGAGGAAGAAAAUAACGAAUGCUGCCUUAGAUAUCAGAGAGAAGAGGCCAAAAUCCAAGCUUGGGUCAACCUCCAAAGUGCAAAAGCAGAAGCUCGGUCAAGAAAGCUUGAGGUGAAGAUACAGAAGAUGAGAUCGAACCUGGAGGAGAAGCUGAUGAAGAGGAUGGCAGUAGUUCACAGAAAAGCUGAGGAGUGGAGUGCAACAGCGAGGCAGCAGCACUCUGAACAAAUCCACAAGGCCACCAACAAUGCAGCACACAAGAUGAUCACAAAUAGGCACAGUCCUCAUUUUUCUGGCCACAUUUCUUGCGGCUGCUUCCCUUGCAAUAACCACUAAGUAACAACCUCAGAUCAUGAAAGGAAAAAAAUGCAAAAAAAUAAAUUUAUAUUUCUUAAUUUGUAGAGUGAGGCUGCACCGUAAGUCCAAAAAAGAGAGCAGCAAUGGGUGCAACACUCGGUCAUUGUUUUUUUUUUUUUCCCGUUACAAGGGGAAAUCGAAUCGAAAUUAGAAUCUACAAUUAACCUAUGAA